AGUUAAAGAAGCAUAGAAGAACAAAGAGUGGGCUUUUGCAGUACUUUGCUAUAAACCCCAGGGUCUGGGACAGAGCUAUGGCACUUCCUGCAUGUUUGCCUGGUCCCAGACUCCACAUGAUGACUACCUGCACCCUGGCUUGUUCUGUUUGUUCCAUUUACCACCUAUGUUCAGAUUGUCGGGGGAAAGAGGAGCAUAAAAUGGACCUGUCGACAAACAUGGAUUAUGCUCUCAUCAUUCUCUUCCUUCCUUAACAGGCUGAAGAUGAAGAGGGCUAUAGGAAACUGAUUGAUCAAAAGAAAGAUAGGCGUUUAGCUUACCUUUUACAGCAGACUGAUGAGUAUGUGGCCAAUCUGACCAACCUGGUUUGGGAGCACAAGCAGGCCCAAGCAGCCAAAGAGAAGAAGAAGAGGAGGAGAAGGAAGAAGAAGGCUGAAGAGAAUGCUGAGGGAGGAGAGUCUGCCCUGGGACCAGAUGGAGAGCCAAUAGAUGAGAGCAGUCAGAUGAGCGACCUGCCUGUCAAAGUGACUCACACAGAAACCGGCAAGGUCCUAUUUGGACCAGAAGCACCCAAAGCAAGUCAGCUGGAUGCCUGGUUGGAAAUGAAUCCUGGUUAUGAAGUUGCUCCUAGAUCUGAUAGUGAAGAUAGUGACUCUGACUACGAGGAAGAGGAUGAGGAAGAAGAGUCCAGUAGACAGGAAACCGAAGAGAAAAUACUUCUGGAUCCAAACAGUGAAGAAGUUUCUGAGAAGGAUGCUAAGCAGAUCAUUGAAACAGCGAAGCAAGAUGUGGAUGAUGAGUACAGCAUGCAGUACAGUGCCAGAGGGUCCCAGUCCUACUACACUGUGGCUCAUGCCAUCUCAGAGAGAGUGGAGAGGCAGUCUGCUCUCCUCAUUAAUGGAACCCUGAAGCAUUACCAGCUCCAGGGCCUGGAAUGGAUGGUUUCCCUGUAUAAUAACAAUUUGAACGGAAUCUUAGCUGAUGAAAUGGGGCUAGGCAAGACCAUACAGACCAUUGCACUCAUCACUUACCUGAUGGAGCACAAAAGACUCAAUGGCCCCUAUCUCAUCAUUGUUCCCCUCUCGACUCUAUCUAACUGGACAUAUGAAUUUGACAAGUGGGCUCCGUCUGUGGUGAAAAUUUCUUACAAGGGUACCCCUGCCAUGCGGCGCUCCCUUGUCCCCCAGCUACGGAGUGGCAAAUUCAAUGUCCUUUUAACUACUUAUGAGUACAUUAUAAAAGACAAGCACAUUCUUGCAAAGAUACGGUGGAAAUACAUGAUAGUGGAUGAAGGCCACCGGAUGAAGAAUCAUCACUGCAAGCUGACUCAGGUCUUGAAUACUCACUAUGUGGCCCCCAGAAGAAUCCUCCUGACUGGGACCCCACUGCAGAACAAGCUACCUGAACUCUGGGCCCUCCUCAACUUCCUCCUCCCCACAAUUUUUAAGAGCUGCAGUACAUUCGAACAGUGGUUUAAUGCUCCAUUUGCCAUGACUGGCGAAAGGGUGGACUUAAAUGAAGAAGAAACUAUAUUGAUCAUCCGGCGUUUGCAUAAGGUGUUGAGACCAUUUUUACUGAGGAGACUGAAGAAAGAAGUUGAAUCUCAGCUUCCAGAAAAAGUAUGUUGCAAAUUCAGUGUUUUUUUGGGGGGGAGAGGAUACUCCUUGCAAAUAUAUUUGAAGUGUCUGCAUCUGAAACUGUGUUUCUAAAAUAACAAGCUUAUAGUUUAGUUACAGCUAUCUUGAAAAUAUACUAAAGUGCCUGUUUUAUUAAACAGACCUAAAGAGAGUAGGAAAAUCACAGCAUGCUCUAACUGGUUUCUAAAAACUUUUGGGCAGAUUUUACAAAAUUACCAAAUUCUCUGAGUCUAGUUACAUUUUAACUUUAGAUUUUUUUUAAAGUUACUGACCUUGUUAAGUUCGCUAAUGCAGACAUGUGGAAUUUAUGUCAUUAUUGAAGGGCAUAGAAAACAUAUGCCAGGUUUCCUGGAAGUGCAUUCAGUAUUUAAUGUUCAGGAUGUCACCAUUCUGAUUGUCAAAAAUAGAGUUCCUGCAAAUUACAGACACAUCAUCUAAUUAUUCUGGGACAUGGUUUUUGUCUUGCACUAUAAAAAUUAAGUUGCUAUGAACAUUUUAAGCAAAUAUUUUUCAGAUAACUCCAGUGCUUUAGAAUGUCUUUUAAGCCCUUCACUCCACAAUUCUAGGUUGGGUUUGAAUAUUAGUUUACUAUAUCCCUGAUCAUAUUUUGGAACCAUAUACAUUUGAAGUCCAAGUUUCAUUCUCUUAAAGAGGAAUUGCUUAGCAUUGUGUACUAUUUGUUGCAUGAGAUAUUUUUAUUUGAGUUUCUUUAG